AUGGAUAUGGACAAAAGCUACACAACCAAAGGUCUUUACAAGAAGAGUAUUGGUGGAAAUAUGGGGCUAAGAAAGAUUAAGUGUAGUGAGCCAGCUACAAAAAGCAUCUUCUCCAAUUUCUCCUUGCUAUUAGCUGAGGAACCUGUUGAAGAAUCUAAGAUCAUUAACAUGGGUAUGAUCUAUGGAGAAAACAAGAACAAUUUUAUUACCAGAAGUGGUGAGGAUUGUGAGGAAGAAGAUGAUGAUGAAGCUUCCAUUGAUUUUGAGGAUCGGCUUUAUUUCCCCCCUAAAGAAAAGGAAAUAGAUAUAUCAAAGCAUAUCAAAGACCUACUGCACCUGGAGAUUAUCAUCAGCUCGGUUUGUGAUUCAAAUUGCAAAGGCAUGUGCUUUAAUUUUGGUGUGAAUUUGAACACCAGUACAUGUAUUUGUAGCAAAGAAGAGAUGAAGACGAAUUCUUUUGGAGCUCUUAGAAAUUUGAUGCAGCAAAUGCAACCAAAUAAAUUAAUUUUAAUAUUUACAUAA